AUGAUGUCCUACAUUAAGCAACCCCAUUACGCCAUGAACGGGUUAAACAUGCCUGGGAUGGACCUGCUACACACCACGGCUGGAUACCCAUUCUCUGUGUCUCUGGAUUUCUCAGCCACCCCACGAAAGCAGCGUCGCGAGCGCACUACCUUCACACGCACUCAGCUGGAUAUCCUGGAGGCCUUGUUCUCCAAGACCCGCUACCCAGACAUCUUCAUGAGGGAGGAGGUGGCCCUCAAGAUCAACCUCCCCGAGUCACGCGUACAGGUGUGGUUCAAAAACCGCCGCGCCAAGUGCCGCCAACAGCAGCAGCAGAGCAGCGGCCAGUCCAAGCCCCGCCCGCCCAAAAAGAAGACAUCGCCCGCCCAGGACCAGCCCAGCGCCGGCCCAGACCCCUCAGCCAACAACCCCUCUGGUUCCUACAGCCCCUCCUCAGCCCCAUCGGACCCCUCCCUGCCGCCCAGCGGCAACAACCCUGGCAACGCAGCCGUCUCCAUCUGGAGCCCGGCCAUCUCACCACUCCCUGACCCUCUGGCCUCUUCGGCGCCUUGCAUGCAGCGGCCCUCUGCCUACCCGAUGAGCUACGGCCAGCCGCAGGCCUACGCCCAGGGCUAUGCCCAGGGCUAUGCCGGCACCUCCUCCUACUUCACGGGCCUGGACUGCGGCGCCUACCUGUCGCCCAUGCAUUCGCAGCUGUCGGCUAGCGGUGCCCUCAGCCCCAUCACCGUGCCCUCAAUGGGGGGUUCGCUGAGCCAGUCACCCGCCUCGCUCUCCUCCCAGGGCUACGGCACGGCCGCCUCGCUGGGCUUCACCUCCGUCGAUUGCCUGGACUACAAAGACCAGCAGGCCUGGAAGCUGGGCUUUAGCACCAUGGACUGCCUGGACCACAAAGACCAGAAUUCCUGGAAGUUCCAGGUGCUGUAG